GAUAUAUUUAGGAAUAAGGACUAAACUUAAAGUUGGUAAUUUUGAAAGAAAAAAAAAAUACAAAAUAAAUAGCAUCCUAGCCCUAGACCUGAUACAUUUGAACCCCAACCCCAACACCUAUUUAUUUAUUUAUUAUUAUAUAUUAUAAAUUUCUAGCAACUAAGAUCAAAGAGUCUAAAUAAUGAAAAAAAAAACAAAGCCUUUGAUUUCGGGAAGCAAAAACCCUCUUUUCUCUGUCUCUUUCUUUCUUUCUCUUUUCAAUUUUAUAGUUCUAUCCGUCGCAACCGUCGCAAACAAUGAUUUCUUCCCUUGUUGUUCCCUCCCCCAAAAUCGGCGCUGGGCUUUCCUCCAAUCGUAACAAAAACAACAAUAAACCCCCUCUCCCCAAAACUAACUCUUGUUCACAACCCUCUAGCCUAACCCUCCCGGGGAACCAAAAUCGCCGUCGCCGUGUCUUAAAAACACUCUCCACCACCCUCGCUGUUACCUCCGCAACUUCCAUCGCUCACCACAUUAUUCGCAACGGAAACAACGGCGGCUUCGGUGGUGGACAUUUCGGUGGUGGUGGUGGUGGUGGUGGAGGAUGGUGGUUUGGUGCUGGUGGUGGUGAACAUUUCGGUGGUGGUGGAGGAUGGUGGUGGCGGUGGUUUUUUACUCCGGCAGCAGCAAUUGCUGAUGAAAAUCAAUCUGAUGAGUUUGAUUCUCAUGGUAUGCCUGUAAAUAUUGCGAUUCAAUUGAACAAACUUAGUGGAUUUAAAAAGUAUAAGGUUUCUGAUAUUAUAUUCUUUGAUCGGAAUCGGAAAACAAAUGUUGGUUCCAAAACCGAUGAUUCCUUUACCGAGAUGAUUACUAUUGUUCCUGGAGGAGUGUACACUAAAGCUCAACUUCAGAAAGAAUUGGAGACUUUGGCAUCAAGUGGAAUGUUUGAGAAGGUUGAUUUUGAAGGAAAAACUAAUGCAGAUGGAACAAUAGGAAUCAAGGUUUUGUUUAGUGAGAGUACUUGGGAAAUUCCUGAAAAAUUUCGUUGUUUAAAUGUCGGUACAAUGCCGCAGACAAAGCCGGUUGAAUUGGAUCCUGAUAUGACUGAAAGGGAGAGGAUGAAAUACUUUUUGAGUCAAGAGAGGGAAUACAAAAGGAGGAUGGAUAAGGCGAAGCCGUGUAUUUUGCCUAAGACGGUACAUAUGGAGGUUAUGGAUAUGUUGAGGAAAGAGAAGACUUUGAGUGCUAGGUUGUUGCAGAAGAUAAGGGAUAGAGUUCAGAAGUGGUAUCAUGAUGAAGGGUAUGUUUGUGCUCAAGUGGUUAAUUUUGGAAAUCUUAACACUAAAGAGGUUUGUUGUGAGGUUAUUGAAGGAGAUAUUAGUAAAUUGUCUGUUCAGUUUCUCGAUAAGCUUGGCAAUGUCGUUGAAGGCAAUACUCAAGCCCCUGUCAUACAUAGACAGCUUCCCAAAGAGCUGUUUCCGGGUAACACCUUUAACAUUGAAGAAGGGAAGCAAGCUUUAAGAAACAUACAUUCCCUUAAUUUGUUUUCAAAUAUUGAGGUUAAUCCACGGCCUGAUGAGAGUAGUGAGGGAGGCAUAAAUGUUGAAAUUAAGGUAAAAGAGGCGGAUCAGAAGACAGCUGAAGUCAAUACUGAAUGGAGUAUUGUUCCUGGACGAGGAGGGUAUCCCACUCUGGCCUCACUUCAACCCGGUGGAACUAUUAGUUUUGAGCAUCGAAAUCUUCAAGGACUGAAUAGAGCUGUUAGUGGUUCUAUAACAACCAGCAACUUCCUCGACCCUCAGGAUGAUCUUGCAUUUAAGCUAGAGUACGCACAUCCAUAUUUGGAUGGUGUAGAUAAUCCACGGGACCGUACUCUCCGUGUAAGCUGUUUCAAUAGCCGAAAGCUAAGUCCAGUAUUCACUGGAGGGCCUGGGCUGGAUGAAGUGCCACCAAUAUGGGUUGAUCGUGGUGGUGUCAAAGCUAAUAUAACAGAGAAUUUCACGCCACAGAGUAAAUUCACUUAUGGACUUGUAAUGGAAGAGAUAAGAACUCGUGAUGAAAAUAGUCAGAUCUGUGGAAAUGGUCAAAGAGUAUUACCUAAUGGUGGAAUUAGUGCAGAUGGACCUCCUACCACCCUCAGUGGUACUGGCGUUGACCGUAUGGCAUUUUUACAGGCAAAUAUCACUCGUGAUAACACACGUUUUGUGAAUGGAGCUAUAGUUGGAGAGAGAAAUAUGUUCCAGGUAGAUCAAGGCCUGGGCAUAGGCACCCAGCUCCCAUUCUUCAAUCGCCACCAGCUAACUCUGACACGAUUUAUCCAAUUGAAGUCUGUGGAGGAAGGAGCUGGUAAACCACCACCACCAGUGCUUGUCCUCCACGGUCGCUAUGGCGGUUGUGUUGGUGAUCUUCCAAGCUAUGAUGCGUUUACUAUUGGAGGCCCUUAUUCUGUUAGGGGUUACAACAUGGGUGAGCUUGGUGCUGCUAGAAACAUGGUGGAGCUUGCAGCUGAGUUACGGAUACCUGUUAAAGGCAUGCAAUUGUAUGGGUUCGCGGAGCAUGGCAACGAUCUAGGGAGUUCAAAGGAUGUUAAAGGAAAUCCUACAGAAGUCUAUAGGCGAAUGGGUCAAGGUUCAUCUUAUGGGGUUGGUGCUAAGCUUGGUCAGGUGAGAGCAGAAUAUGCCAUUGAUCAUAACUCAGGAACUGGUGCAUUAUUUUUCCGUUUCGGAGAGAGGUUUUAAGUUGUAAAUUAGUCACAGUAUAUUGUUAAGAGGCUUUAUUAAACUACAUUUUUUGUUUAAUUGGACGCGGUGCUAAUAUAGAGUAAUAGACUAUUUUUUAUUAGAUGCUUUUUAUUUUUUGCGGCGCAGCGCCGGCUAGUGAUCAUUACAAAGUCCACAAGUACAAAUAUGAACUUUCAUUGAUAAAUAUAAUUGUUCGAUGUUUUUAUUUUGACA